UGCUCGACCGGAAUCCCCUUGGAGGACAUGUAGGCACGGACGCGCACGGGACUCCUCGCUCGCCCGUUUCCGCCGUUAAGGAUUUAUCCGUUCCCAUUCUUCAGGCAAUAAUAACACCUCCGGGGCCGCUACCACCAUGAAAGUCUCCAGCAUCGACUGCCGGCGCAUGAGGAAACUCAUCAGGAAGGAUUGUGCAGGGAGCUGCCUUAUUGUGGAUUGUCGACCUUACUUGUCAUUCACGAACUCCAACAUCACAGGCUCUGUCAAUGUCAAUCUAAACUCCGUGGUGGUCCGGAGAUCCCGAGGAGGGCCGGUGCCUCUGCAGUUUGUCAUCCCGGAUGAGAGAGCCCUGAUUCGGCUUCGGGAAGGGAACAUAUCGGCCAUCGUAGUUCUGGAUGACCGGACGUCCCACUGGCAGAAGCUGAAAAAGGACAGUGUAGCACAAAUAGUAAUAAACACCCUCUCACAUCUAGCCAGCGGGGCGAGCAUCUGUUUCCUGAAAGGAGGAUACGAGAACUUCCACUCUCAGUACCCUGAACUUUGCACUGAGGUGAAAACCAUCGACCAGGGCGGAACUGAAACUGAGAAAAGAGUCAGCAGUCACAGCGAGAAGCUUUGUCACCACAAACCAGAUUAUGAUCAGGGUAAACCCGUGGAGAUCCUGCCUUUCCUCUACCUCGGUAGUGCCUACCACGCCUCCAGACAGGACUAUCUCAGCGACCUUCACAUCACGGCCUUGCUCAACGUGUCCCGCAGAGACAUGCAGCCGGCCAAGGGCCACUUCGACUACAAGUGGAUCCCAGUGGAGGACAACAACAUGGCUGACAUCAGCUCCCACUUCCAGGAGGCGAUAGAGUUUAUUGAUCACGUGAAGCAAUCAGGGGGUAAGGUCCUGGUCCACUGCGAGGCGGGUUCACCCUCCCUACCUCUUGCCUGCAGUCCCCGGUCCACCACCAGUUCAAACUGA